AUGGAUGCCGACUUGUACGACGAAUUCGGGAAUUAUAUAGGUCCAAAUAUCCUGUCGGAUGAGGAGGUGGAGGGGGAUGCUGAUAGUGUCGCUGAAGAAGAACCAGAAGAAAAGGAAGAUCACAGUCAUGCUAUGCAACUCCUUGAGAAAACUGAUGAGGCCUUCUCAGUAGUUUUGCAUGAUGAUAAGAAGUACUACCCGAGCGCAAUGGAGGUCUACGGACCUGAUGUUGAAACAUUGGUUCAAGAAGAGGAUGCUCAGCCCUUGACUCAGCCUCUAAUUGAGCCUAUUAAGAGGAAGAAUUUUGCCUACUCUGAAUACUCCCUACCCGAGACCACAUACGAUCCGGAGUUCUUGGCUGAUCUGAUGGAUUGUCCUGAACUCAUUCGCAGUGUUGCGUUUUGCGGACAUCUGCAUCAUGGAAAAACUUCGUUCGUCGAUUGCCUUAUAGAGCAAACACAUCCCGAUAUUAGAGCGAAGGAAGACAAGGAUUUGCGCUAUACUGACUACCUAAAACUUGAAGUCGAGAGAGGUUUGAGUGUUAAGUCUACUCCGAUGACGCUGGUUCUGUCGGACCUGAAGAAUAAGUCAUAUCUUCUUAACAUUUUCGACACCCCUGGCCACGUGAACUUCUCUGAUGAGGUGACAGCGGCCUUCCGCCUAUGUGAUGCCGUUUGCAUAUUUGUGGACGUCAGUGAAGGUGUUCUGAUGAACACAGAACGUCUAAUCAAACACGCACUUCAGGAGCGCCUUCCUAUUCUUCUGUGCCUCAACAAGAUUGACCGACUUGUUCUCGAGCUUAAGCUACCACCAAAUGACGCUUACUAUAAGAUUAAGAACAUUAUCGACGAGGUUAACUCCUUGAUUUCGACUUUCUCAGAAGGAGCCGGUGUUUCCCUCGAACCCCAGCAUAUAGUUAGUCCACUGCUGGGCAACGUAUGUUUCGCGAGCUCCUACUAUCGAUUCUGCUUUACAUUGGAGUCUUUUGCAAAGAUCUAUACUGACACCUUUGCAGAUUCCAUCGACUAUAAGAGUUUUGCCAAGCGUCUAUGGGGCGAUCAGUACUUCAGUUCAGAGACGAGAACCUUUAAAUCGAAGCCUCCGACUGCAUCCUCCCUUCGCUCCUUCGUGGAGUUCAUUCUCGAGCCGAUCUACAAAAUAUUCGCACAGACCGCCGGCGACGUGGAUACUUGCUUGCCUAGGCUCUGCAGUGAACUCGGCAUUCACCUUUCUAAGUCCGAAUUUAAACUCAACGUCCGUCCUUUGUUGCGAAUCAUUUUUAGUCGAUUCUUUGGCGAUUUCUCCGGUUUCGUUUCCAUGUGUGUGAAGCACGUGCCCAGUCCGGUGGCAAGCGCCAGAGUGAAGAUUAGUCACACUUACUCGGGUCCUCUGGACUCUGCUAUCGCGCGCGAUAUGAUCGCGUGCCGUGCAGAGUCACCACAUCUCAUGGUGCAUACUACUAAGCUAUACCCCGACGAGGACGCUGUUUCCUUCCAUGCUUUUGGGCGCGUUCUCUCCGGUCGACUGGAGGCUGGACAGGAUGUGCGGGUGCUUGGGGAGGCAUACUCUCUCAACGAUGAGGAGGAUUCUCGUCCUGCUGUUGCUGGGCGUCUCUGGAUCUUUUGCGGGCGAUAUCGUCUUGAGGUGAAUCGUGUGCCUGCAGGCAACUGGGUGUUGAUAGAGGGUGUAGAUCAAGCUAUUGUCAAGACGUCAACAAUCACAUCUGCCCAUUCAGACAGUGAGGCUUUUAUCUUUCAUCCACUUACCUUCAAUACUAUCUCGAUCGUCAAGAUUUCUGUUGAACCGGCCAAUCCCUCAGAACUUCCCAAAAUGCUCGAUGGUCUGAGAAAGGUGAACAAGAGUUACCCUCUGCUCAUGACCAAGGUGGAGGAGUCAGGUGAACGGAUUAUUCGAGGAACAGGCGAACUCUACCUUGACUGCGUAAUGCAUGAUCUACGCAAGCUCUAUUCUGAUAUCGAGGUCAAAGUCGCCGAUCCUGUCGUGGCGUUCUGUGAAACCGUCGUUGAGACCUCAUCCUUGAAGUGCUUUUCAGAGUCACCGAACAAGAAGAACAAGAUCACCAUGAUAGCCGAACCACUUGACAAGGGUCUGGCGGAGGAUAUUGAAAAUAAGGUGGUUCGGAUCGACUGGCCUAAAAAGCAACUUGGGGAAUUCUUCCUCAAGAAGUAUGAGUGGGACCUUCUCGCUGCAAGAUCCAUUUGGGCUUUCGGCCCAGACUCAACAGGUCCAAACAUCCUAGUGGACGAUACUCUUCCGUCAGAAGUGGACAAGGGGCUUUUGGGUUCAGUGAGGGACUACAUUGUACAGGGUUUCCAAUGGGGUACACGGGAAGGUCCACUUUGCGACGAACCGAUCCGAAAUGUGAAAUUUAAGAUUUUGGAUGCGCUAAUUUCGGGUGAAGCACAUCAACGUGGCUCAGGCCAAAUCAUUCCGACAGCGCGUCGAGUUGCCUACUCUGCCUUUAUGAUGGCCACGCCACGACUCAUGGAGCCCUAUUACUACGUUGAAGUGCAAGCGCCUGCCGACUGUGUGUCCGCCGUUUACAACGUCCUCAAUCUUCGACGAGGUCAUGUGACUCACGAUGCUCCAAUCUCCGGUUCACCGCUCUAUAUCAUCAAAGCCUUCCUACCGGUGAUUGACUCCUUCGGAUUUGAGACAGAUCUGCGGACACACUCGCAGGGCCAAGCCUUUUGCAUGUCUGUCUUCAAUCACUGGCAAAUGGUGCCUGGAGACCCGCUGGACCGAACCAUCCAAAUUCAGCCCCUGGUGGCGCAACCGGCCACCCACCUUGCUCGCGAGUUUAUGAUCAAGACGAGACGAAGGAAGGGUCUCAAUGAAGAUGUAAGCAUUAACAAGUACUUCGACGACCCGAUGUUGCUGGAAUUCGCAAAGCAGGAUGUCAUGCUAAGCUACGCAUUGUAA